AUGGCAGACGAUUCACGGGAACCGAUAAAACCUACCCAAUCGCCGGAUACCACUGAGCAAUUAUCCGAGCUUCCGCCUAAAUCAAAGCCAAAGUAUGAGCUUCCGAAGUCGCAAGUCGGGAAAUUAUGGGAGGCCUUCGGCAACCCGGAGGACCAGGUGAACAUGCUACCCACAGCGCACGGGAAAAAAGCAAACGAUAUUUCGGUUACGGAAGCUAUGAAAUCGUUACCUCUGAAUAGCGCAACCUCAUUCUACAAAGCACCGUGCGCGCGCGAUUCUCUUCUUCUUGGAAUUGGUGCUGGCUUCGGUGUGGGCGGGGUGAGGGGUGUUUUGGGAGGUAUGCGAUCUAUCUGGUCCGCAUGUAAUUGGGCUGUUGGCGUCUUCGCUAUUACGUCUCUCGCAGCACAUGAAUUCUGCCAGCGACGUCGGAUACAAGAAUUGGAUGGAAUGAAACAAGCUGUGGAAAUGAUGAAGGAGUUGAAAAUUAAGAAGCAACGAGAGAAGGAAGAAAAGGCUGCGGAGGCCGCUCGUCUAGCCGAGGAGGAACGGAAACGCAAGAGCUGGACCAAUCUAGCAAACUACAAGUUCUGGUAG